AUGUUUUCAGUUCGUAACUUGAAUGAAUGAUGAGUAAUCUGUGACUGAAAUAUAAUCUUAGUUCAUUCAAUUCGUUCCUACACUUUUAUGUGAGUUGUGUGAUAUUGUGGAUUUAUUUACUUUUACAAAAGAAAAUGAAUUAAGAUGUGAUAAUUCUGAUUUAAAUAGCACAUAAUUAAGAAAAGCACUGAACUUGAUCUGAUAACGAAUCUUAAUUAAUUACAAAAUGGAUAUACAUCGAUCGACUGUGUUACGACUGUGUGUGUGGGUGAGCCUGUUGGCUCUAUGUGGGGCCCAACGCGCAGAGCAACUUCUGGCACAGAAUCCUUGCUCCAGCAAGACGACGUGCAGUGACUGCAUCCGCACGGCCAGCUGCGCUUGGUGUUUUGCAGCAGAGUUCAAUGGCCCUCGGUGCUUCAACCCUGCCAUGGAGCGAGAUGGCACUGCAGGAUGUGAAGAAUCCUACAUAUUCAACCCAGAUAAUAAACGCUCUGUCGACCCCAUGUACAAUAUGGAGUUAAGCAGAGCUAAGUCUAGAAUGGGCAUGUCUGCUGGUUCAUCUUCUUAUGAAGAGUCUUACAGUGCACAGGGCAGUAGCUUUGCUGCGUCGGGAUCGGCAGCAGGCGCAGGCGCUGAAGCAGGUGGCGAAAGAUUGGUGCAGAUGAAACCUCAGAAAGUGAAUCUCAACCUCAGAAUGAAUCAAAUGCAGAAACUUACAUUUGCGUACUCCAGAGCUCAAGAUUAUCCUGUUGACUUGUAUUACCUUAUGGACUUGAGUAGAUCUAUGAAAAACGAUAAAGAGAAACUCAGUACACUGGGAAGUUUACUGUCUGCUACCAUGAGGAAUAUGACGUCCAUGUUCAGGAUCGGAUUCGGCUCCUUUGUAGAUAAACUAGUCAUGCCUUAUGUAUCUACAGUGCCUAAGAAUUUGAUAUCACCUUGUGACGGUUGCGCAGCGCCUUAUGGAUACCAAAAUCAAAUGUCUCUGAGUACUGACACCGACUUCUUUGAGAAAGCAGUAGCUAACGCAGACGUGUCGGGCAACUUGGACGCCCCCGAAGGAGGGUUCGACGCGAUCAUGCAAGCCGUGGUGUGCAAGCAACAGAUCGGCUGGAGAGACCAGGCUAGGAGACUGCUUGUUUUCUCCACAGACGCUGGUUUCCAUUAUGCUGGCGACGGAAAGCUCGGUGGUAUCGUCCAACCUAACGAUGGCGAAUGUCACAUGAAGGACAACACGUACACACACUCGACGUUGCAGGAUUACCCCAGCAUUUCACAGAUUAAUCAUAAGGUGAAGAAGCACGCUAUCAACGUAAUCUUUGCGGUAACGGCGGAACAGAUCAGCGUGUACGAACAACUGAGCAAGCACAUCGAAGGUUCCAGUACGGGAGUGCUGAGCAACGAUUCCGAUAACAUCGUCGACCUCGUCCGGGAACAAUACAACAAAAUUACGUCAACUGUAGAAAUGAAAGACUCAUCGAGUGACGCUGUGCAAAUAGUGUAUUACUCAUCUUGUCUCAGCGGCAAAGAACUCGCACAGACGAACAAAUGCGACGGAUUAAAGGUUGGCGAUGUCGUGGAAUUCACGGCUGAGAUUACAUUGAAAGAAUGUCCCAAAGACCGCAGCAAGUGGAAGCAGACUUUCGAGAUUUCCCCCGUCGGUAUCUCUGACAGCCUCACUGUUGAACUGGAAAUGGUCUGCGAUUGUCCCUGUGAACAGCCCAAUCAUCACGCGUACAACGACAGUCCGCUAGUAUGCAGCGGCGAGGGCGUGUCUGCGUGCGGGGUGUGCGUGUGCCGGCCGGGCCGCUUCGGCAAGAACUGCGAGUGCUCGGCGCACGGCGGCGUCUCCGCCGAGCAGGAGCGCGGCUGCCGCCCCACCAACGCCAGCGCCGGCCCGCUCUGCUCCAACCGCGGCACCUGCAUCUGCGGCGUCUGCGAGUGCAACAAGAUGGACGACCCGCUCAAGGUGAUUUCUGGCCCGUUCUGCGAGUGCGAUAACUUCACGUGUGACAUGAACAAGGGUUUGCUCUGCUCGGGCCCCGACCACGGGGAAUGUGUCUGUGGCAAAUGUAGCUGUACUCCCGAGUACACCGGACCAGCUUGCCAGUGUUUGAAGGACCAAACUCCUUGUCGAUCACCUGAAAACAACGAAAUAUGUAGCGGUAACGGAAAAUGUGUCUGCGGUCAAUGCGUGUGUAAUGUAGAUGACGACCGUCAUUAUUCCGGAAAAUACUGUGAAAAAUGUCCCACCUGCCCAGGCCGCUGUGGUGAAUUCAAAGACUGUGUAUUAUGCGAGGUACACAAACGUGGCCCGCUGUACAAUGCCGACACAGACACCUGUGGAGAUUGUGCGCUCUAUCCUAUAAUCGAAGAAGGCAAAAUUGAAGCGAACGAAUCUCGAAACGAACAUUUGUGUAGUUUCUACGACGAUGAAGAUUGUUUAUAUGUGUAUGUGUACUCCUACAAUGAGAACCAGCAGCUUGUCAUUAGAGCGCAGAAGGAACGGGAAUGUCCCAAGAAGGUACCAAUCUUGGGAAUUGUGUUGGGAGUGAUCGCUGCGAUAGUGUUGGUUGGUUUGGCUUUACUGAUGUUAUGGAAGAUGGCGACUACUAUACACGACCGCAGAGAGUUUGCGCGCUUCGAGAAAGAACGUAUGAUGGCCAAAUGGGACACGGGCGAGAACCCUAUCUACAAGCAAGCGACAUCGACCUUCAAAAAUCCUACAUAUGCUGGAAAAUAAUUGUAUUACAUUACACAUAAAUAGUCAGCAAAUAAAAUAGUCGUUUCAAUACGUACAACAAUCGAAUGCCGCAUUUAUAAAGUUAUCAAGAUGUCAGUAUUUAAUGAAAUUUGGUGUUUAUAGAAUUUUUAUUAAAAUAGAUCAUUAUAAUCAUGUUAAAUUGAGAAAUGUUUUGGAGAGUUGCCUUAAAAAUGUGCCUUUCUGUAAUUUAUUGUCAUUGCACAAGUUAGUGCCUGAAACGUUUGGUAUAUGUAGCUUUUUAUUUCAUUUAGUUUCUACAUUUUUACAAGUUAAACAAAAUCUACAUUAUUGUAGAAAUGUUUAUAAAUACAAAUGCACACAGUCUGUAUUUAAGUCUUACAUUUAUUUUAUACUACAUUUUAUCAGAAGGUCUGUUUAAUCUCAGGAUGUGUAUUGUACGCUUUUUGUACUUAUGUGUGAAUGAAUGUCGUAUGUACUUAUGUGUUCGUGUGUAGCUUCGUCAAACCGAACGUAUCGCGGGGUGCUACAAAUAUACAUUAUAUAUAUUUACCCAGUAUUUUAUAUACGUAUGUUAAGACCACGGUGCGUUCGGUAGGUUGUAGUUUAGAGCUUUAUAAUGUUUAUAAUAUUAUUGACGAAAGUAAUCCUAAUUUACAAUACUGACUAUUAUUAUCUAAUUAUGGAUUGACUUUGACUUUUAAAUCUCAUUUUGAUAAAUCAAUUUUAAACAAUCAGUCCUCCAUUUAGUCAAUUUGCAUCCCGUUGUUACUAUUUAAGUGUAUUUCUAAUACGAUUAAUAUAAGAGCAAGAUACGUAUAUAUUUAUGACCCUGUAUAAUAAUUACUAAUGAGUCUCUAUAUUUAGUAAAUCAAUUUGUAAACUCUAUUUUUGUUUGAUCAAAAUGUAUCAGUUUAGACACUGCCAUUACUAUAAUACAAGGCGGACGAUUACUAUAAUAGAGUGCCUUUUGAUUGUACUAUUGUUCGUACUUUGGAAAAUUUCGGCGUAACGUCAAAGAAUCUUAUCCCAUGUGAUCUCAGGUAUAUCGGAUUUAUCAUUUCGUCCAUUACAAUAAUGUAUUACGACGAUACGCCAAAUACUCUCAGAUGUACGCAGUGUACUAAUACGAUAAUCCUCUAAAAUAUAAAGUACGCUAUGUACAGAUUUGUUGAGGUAAUCUCCGUCAAUCUUCAAUAGACGUCGUAUGUCGCGUUGUACAACAACGACGCGACUUUACUAAAGCUUCCCUUACUCCCCGUCGUGCCUUGUUAUAACAUGAAUAAUAACUAGUGCCAUUACUAAUAUUAUAGUGUGUAAAAGAAAAUUAUUAUUUAUUUCAAAUAUUAAAGUUGAUAAUUAUGUAGAAAAGUAAUAUUAUUGUAAUUUAGUAUUUAAGAUUUUGUAUUGAAUAAGACUAAGUUUCGACUUUUGACAUCCUUUUUAAAUAUAUAGUAUUUUUUAUGUUUUUCUUAUUGUGAAAAUUGCCUUUGACUAGAAUGAUUUAUAUGAAAUUCAAAAAUAAAGAAGCAAUGUGUAGCUUCUUAUAUUGGUCCCACCAGUCGUUCCAAAUAAAAUGCUAAUCCUGACGCUAAUCGACAAAUUGUUACGCCGAGCAGGUAAUCGAAUGAAAUUACUUCGAGCAGGAAAAUAUUCAGUUUAUGUGAUUUCAUCAAUACCCUAAUGAACAGAUUGUCUGAAAUUAUGGCAGAUUUCUUUGAGUUAAUCCGCUUUUUUGACCCAAUUGUAAAUAUUUAGUUUUAACAUGCGAAAGAGAUAAGCAGUUGUGGCUUCUAAUAGUAGCUAAUAAAAAUUAACACAA